AUGAAAUAGUAGAGCUCUAUUUAGUAGAAAUUAAAAUUGAUUAAAAACUAAAAUUAUUUUUGUGACGAAAGAAGUCUUCCUAGUUAGGCACAAAUCUCACAAAAUGAUAUAACUAAUAAUAUUUAUUAUAAGUUGGAUUAAAUGAAAUAAGAUGACCUUAUAGGUAGAGAAAGGUCUGUUUCUGAUUAUCAAAAACCUGUAAACAUUAGUAGAAUCAGUCAUCAUUUCAAAUAAAAAUAAUAAUUAACGACUAAUUAAGCUAAAAGCAUAAAUAAACAUAUAAAAAAUUUUGCAGAAAAUCACUACUUCGCUUAAUCAAUAGGAUCUCAUACUAAUGUGAGUGGCCAGUAACUCAGUUAAAAUAAUACAAAACAUACUUAAAACAAUAUCUUAUAAUCAUUUAGUUAAGAAGAGUAUUUUUCAGAUUAAUAAAAGCUAACUCCAAGAAUGAACUUUUAUCUUUCAUCAAGGUCAAGGACAUAGUAAAAUGAAGCUUAAAUGAAUAAAGAUUCUGACAUUUAUACAAGUUAAGUUUCUUAAAGCUAAGCAAUAACACCAAGAUAUUACUUUAACUAUAAAAUGCUACUAUAAAAUAACAAAAUUUUACCUAACUAUUUUACAAGCAAAAUUGCACUAAAUUCUACGUCUUAAGAAAGUGAUUUGAACUUAAAAAUUAAAGAAAGUGAAUAGAAUAUCAAAAAUAAAGAAGUUGAAUAGAAUUUUAAAAGUAAAAAUUCUGAACAAAUUUUUAAGCAAGCAGACUCUUUCAUUUAUGAUGACAAGCAAAAUAGUCAUCAUAAAGACUAAAAAAACUCCUCUUUUUUGAAUUCACAAACGGUUUCAGACUUAAUAUUGGAAGAUAUGACUCCUAUUUAGUUUAAAAUUUCAAAUGCUCCCUCCUUCUUAGACUAAAAACAAGAAGAGCUAUUAAAUACUAAUUAAAUCUAUCCACUUGUUGAUAACUUGCUAUCUGACUCUUUUUAUUUAGAUGAAGGAUGCAAAGAGCUAACAGACUCUGAGCUCAUAAUUAAAAACCCAAACGAGUUUUUUUAAAAAGUUGGUAUAAAGCCUCUCAAUGCUUCAUAAAAUAAAAAAAAACCUCUAAAUUUAUAUUUAACUGAACAUGUUGAGAAAGAACUUGCAAUGAUGAAACAAUUUGAUUAAAGCCAAAUUUAAGAUAAAAAGUUAAAUUAAAAUCAUUUUAAUAAUUUUGUAUAGCAAUCUAAAGAACUUAUUGAAGAAGAUUAACAGUUACCAUAUUAAGAUGUUGAAAAAUUAAUCUUUGAAAAAAAGCAAUCAAAUAAGAUCAGAUUAGACUCUCCAAAAUGCUAACAAAAAAAUCUUAACUUGAUAAUACUUAAAAAUAAAUAUAAUGUAGUUAAAGAAAGAAUAAAAAUAGAAAAAAAAGAUUUAACUACAAGUUAUUUAUAUGAAAAUAGAGAAUAGCUAAAGUUAGACUAUUAAGAUUUAGAUGAUUAAUUGUAUAAAAAAAAGAAAAACUUAAGAGAUAUCUUAUUAAGCAAUAAAGAAAAAGAAAUAUUUAAUUCUGUUGAUAAUUUUAAAAAGAUUUUAAAGUUUAAGAAAAUGUUAAAAUUUUAGGAUGUUGUUCAGCAAACCUUUUAAAAUCAUAAAAAAAACUAAGCUGAGAUAAAUGAAAAUUAGCAUCAAAUUAGCCAAAUUUAGAAAGCUAACACUUUGAAUAACUACAAUCAAAUUCCUGUUGAUUAAACAGAAAAUAAAUUGUAAUAAAAACAGCCAGAGCAUAUUGAAGAGGAGUAGAAAUAAGCUUACUCUAUAAGUAGCUCAAUAUAAAUAAAUAAGACUCAAUAAGCAAUAAAUGAUUAAAAUUUGCUAAAGUAAGUUAGUUUGAACUAAGUAUAAUACUAAAGAGAUAAGUAGAUAAAUCAUUUGCAUUAAAAGCCUUAGAGCAAUGAGGAUAUGCAGCAGCAUUAAAUUUAAUAAAAAAUACAAGAUAAUUAAAAAAUAAAUCUUCCUAAUUAAAAUUAAAUGAAAUUAAAUUUUUGGAGAGUAUCUUCUUCAAAGUAGUUAAAUUAAGAGGAAGAUAAAACUCAAAGUAAUCCAUCAACUUAAAGAAGCUAAACACCAAAGAUAAAAUUUAAAAACCAUGAUGAACAAACUUUUAAAAACAUUAAAUGGCAAUAGAAUAAAUGUAUUGAUCUGAAAAAAUCUUUCUUGUAAAAUAAAAAUUAAAUUAAUAAAAAAAAUCGAAUUUAUUCAGCAUCACCAGAUUCAAAUUAAAAAAUUGCUAGUUUUUCAUUUUAAAAACAAUAAAAAUAAUUACAUUUCAGUAAAGAUUAAAUAUCUGAUAGGCCUUAUAGUUAAAAUAUAUAAAAUAAACCUAUAAAUACAUAAAUUUUAAAAUCAAAUUAAAACAUAUCGAGUUCAGUAUAUCUUAGAACAUAAACGAAAAAAAAUGAAAUGGACCAAUUUAAAGAAUAAGAAGCAAGCUCUAAAAACAAAAAUUAAAGGUUAUUUGAAAAGCUUAAGCAGCUUAAUAAAAAUAAAUAACCUAAUAAAAAAUUAGAAAUGGGAAAAAUAUUUUUGCAUGAAAAAAGCUAAUAAAAAAAAUUAUUUUCAAAUAACAUAUCUGAAUAAACUUAAGGAUAACAAUUAGGAAAUUCAUAUUUUUAGACUGAUCAAGAAAAUUAAACAUUGAAUAAUUCUUUUGCAAUAUCAAAACAGCAUGUAAAAAACGAACUGAAUACAGUAGAAAAAUAAAUUCAAAAUUAAAGACUCCUAAUUGGUAAUAUCUAAUAGAAAAAAGGUGAAUAUCUAUCACCUUUCAGAGAGAAACCAUCUAAUCAAUUUAUUUAUGAUCACAUGUUUUAUUAAAAACACAUCUAACUUUUGAUAUCUGUGAACAAAAAAUACGAAAAUUUGGACUUAUGA